AUGGCCGACACCAUCGCAACCUCGGCUGCAGGAGAUGCAGCACCAGAGCUGGCUUCCCUCGCGACCAAAGUGUCCAACGUCGAUCUCUCCUCUACAUCCCGAAAAGACGAUGACACCUCGUCCACCCUCUCUCGUCGUGGUGCGGCAGGAGCAAGCGGCUUCGACCUGCCCGAAGGCGUCAAGCGUCUGCUCGCCAACCAGUACGACCCCAUCACCAACCCAGACGGCAUCAUCAACGCCGGCAUCGCAGACAAUUCGCUCUGCCGUCCUGAGCUGCUCGAGUACUUUCUCGCCAAGGAUCGACUCCAGCUUUCCGCCGCCGACCUCACGUACGCGGACCGCUUCACGUCGUCCAAGCGGCUGCUCACGUCGAUUGCCAAGCUGUUCAACGAACGUACACCUGAUUGGCCGGAACGCACCGACUCGCCGCUGCCGCUGAAGAAGGUGACGGAGGACCACAUUGCCAUUGCAAGCGGAGCGACGGGCAUCCUUGACGAGCUAUUCUGGAACAUCUGCGAUGACGGUGAUGGAGUCCUGCUGAGUGCUCCGUACUACAAUGCGUUCGAUAACGACCUGACCAGUCGGGCCAAGGCGAGGGUGGUAGAAGUGCAUCUGCCCCUACCCGCGGAAGGCGAGGAGUCCAAGGAGUCUCUAGAGCUCUCCUCGUUCGCCUCAUCGACCAUCGCUGCUUAUCGAGAAGCAUACGAGCGAGCAAAGAAGGAGGGGAUUCCAGUAAAAGCCCUGAUUCUGUGCAACCCGCACAAUCCCACCGGCACGAUCUACCCUCGAUCCACCGUCCUCGCCCUCGCCCGGUUCGCUGGUGAGCACCAACUGCAUUUUGUUUCGGACGAGAUCUACGCCCGGUCGUGCUUCACCACUUCCGAUGUUCCCUCGCCGGCGCGGUUCGAGAGCAUCCUCUCCAUCGAUACGCAGAAGGAAUGCGGACUGGACCCGGCUUAUGUGCAUGUCGUCACGUCCGCUUCCAAGGACUUUGCCGUCAACGGUUUCCGACUGGGCGUUCUUGUUUCGCAGCACAACCCGGCUCUCCAGCGCGCCAUGAGCUCCGUUGGGCUGCUCUCCCAGUCCGCGUCUCCAGCAGCGAACUUGUGGCACACCUGGUUGCAGGAUGAGAAGUUCCUCGCCUGGUACCUGCGCGAGAACCGACGCAGGCUAGGGUUGGCCUACGAACACGCACUGGCGUGGUUCAAGCAUUAUCAAGUUCCCUACUACCCGAGCAACUCGGGCUUCUUCCUCCUGGUCAACCUGGGUCAGUUCUGCGGCAUCGAUGGUGAUUCACAGGACAAGGAGGGGAGGGAGAUGGAGGCCAAGUUUGUGGAUAGAUUGUUGGACGAGGGCGUUUUUGUGGCGCCAGGAACGCAGUACCAUCACCCGAAAGCGGGAUGGUUCCGCUUCACGUUCAGUAUGGAGCCCAAGACGCUCACGUUGGCGUUGCGGCGGUUGGAGAAGGCGACGCGGGUGGAGGGAAGUUUUGAGGAGGGGAGGGCGCUGCUCGAUCUGGGAAAGGGUCGGGAGAAGGUGUCAAAUGAAGGCGCGGAGGGCGGCAAGAGCUGGUUGCAGAAGAUCAGCGGUCGGUGA